GUCAAAGUCCGUCCUCUCCGCACUCCGCAGCAGAGGGAAUCGAGGCAAUGAUUUAUUUUUGUAAACAUUCAGUAACUUAUAAUCUCUCAAACGAGUUUCAACGAAGAUAAAAAGUUUAUAAUCACUAAUUAUUUUAUUUGGCCUCAAUAAUGGUGCUCGUAAAGUCCCUGGCUGGUGUGAGAGUUCUGCCAAAACCAGUAUUUGCAGAACAGUCGGACAACUACAUAUUGUCUCCGGAACAAAUCAAGUUCUACGAGGACAAUGGCUUCCUAGUUAUAAAGGAGUUGAUUGAUUUCACUUCUCUAUACAGUUACAAACAGCGUUUCAUACAAAUGUGUAAAGGAAUAGUCCCAGUUGGCAAUGUGAGGGUAAUCAAAGAGCCAACCUUAGUCGCACAGAAUUUGAAACCUGAAGAGUAUAUUAAUAAGAUCCAAGAGCUGCUGUACGACGACGUGUUCAUCCAGUACGGCGAGCACCCGCGGCUGUUGUCCGUGUUGUCGCAGUUCAUCGGGGACGACAUCACCGCCGUCAACAGCAUGUUCAUCAACAAACCGCCCGGGGCCUCGCGACAUCCGCCGCACCAGGAUACACUAAUCGGGGACGACAUCACCGCCGUCAACAGCAUGUUCAUCAACAAACCGCCCGGGGCCUCGCGACACCCGCCGCACCAGGAUACACUAAUCGGGGACGACAUCACCGCCGUCAACAGCAUGUUCAUCAACAAACCGCCCGGGGCCUCGCGACAUCCGCCGCACCAGGACCUAUUCUACUUCCCAUUCCGUCCUGCCGAGAAGAUCAUCGGCGCGUGGACGGCCGUGGACCACGUCACCGUAGAGAAUGGGUGUCUGUACGCAGUGCCCGGCUCGCACAAGGCGGCCGUGCUCUACCAACAUCAAGGGAAGAAGGACGCCCUGAAAUUGUACCACGGAGUGGAUGAAGAAGCAAUAGCUCCGCUAGACCAGAGAGUGCACCUCGAGAUGAGUCCCGGAGACACCGUGUUCCUGCAUCCUUACCUACUGCAUGGGUCCGGACCUAAUGUGUCUAAGAACUACCGCAAAGCGAUAACGUUCCACUUCGCGAACAGUUCGUGCGAGUACAUCGACCUGCGGGGCACCGUGCAGGAACACUUGGCCAAGGAGGUCGAGGCGCACACUGUCAAGAUGGGCUUCGGGGAACUGAGCUAUAUUGAUGUAUGGCGUCUCAAGAGCAAGCAGGUGAAAGGGGUUCGGUCUAACUUGUAGACCACAAACUAUACAA